AGUUUCCACGCGAUUUUAAAUUGAAAAAGUUGUACAAAAAUAUUUUUCAAGAUUAAUAUUUCAAUAUUUUUAUUUGUAAUAUUGUCAAUUGCAUAAGUUCGAAACCUGAACUUCUAAUCCAUUUAAAACUAUUUCAAUGAAUUUUUCAACUGCAGAUCGUCCAAGAUGUAUGCUUCGGGAUGAAAAAUAUAAUCGUCAGAAGAGACGUUUCCGAAGGCAAUAUGAUCAUGAGAUUAAUGAAUAUGAUGAUACAAAUUGGUAUUGGAAUAUGAGCCAUCAAUAUAAUGGAAACUUAACGAAUGAUGGGAAGAAACCACAUUCAAAACAUUCAAAAAAUGUUUAUAAUUCAUCACAACGAUCUCAUUCGUCUAAUGGCUUUCAAUCAUUUUUUCGAUGGUUUAAAAAGGAUGAAAAAUUACGCGCUGUAAAUGAUAUUAAAUAUCCACGUGAAAUUACAAGUUCAACAGACACUUUUGAUUUAGAUAACGAGAAAAGAAUUAAGAAGAACGGUCGUCGAAAGUUGAAAACUUAUGAUAGUAACGAUCAGUUAAGUCCACCUUCUAGUCCUCGAUUUAGUCGCGUGUUGUCUCAAAGUUCCAGCUGUGAUAGCGUUUUCAGCACUGCAUCGUCGUUUGCUUUUGUACCGCCCGUCAAAUACUUAAGAAACAGGAAUCAAAAACAACCUGAAACGUCACACGUUGAAACCUUUCAAAAAAAAAGUAAAACGAGAGAUCAAACAAGAGAAUCGGAUAGAGCAAGAGAACUAAAUUUAAGAAGAAAAUAUCAACUUUAUGCUGAUUCAUCUGAUGCUGAAACUAAUAAUAACACUUUGAGAGUGAAUAAUUUGAACAAUCGUUAUCAAGACUUGAGUCUUCCAUCACCAAUAAGAUCUGCGAAUCUUCCCGACAGUGUUAAACUUCAAGAUCUCAACGUGAUAAAACAUCGAAGAACAAACAGCGACGCAUCAAAAGACAACAAAUCAGGAUCUUACGUACACGUUAAAGGAAAAAGAAAAGCACCAUUGCCACCCCAAAUUCCACGAACACUUUCACCAAAGUCAAGUUGGAGGAGAAAGAAACGACCAGCACCAAAACCACCAAUCUCGAGAAGCAACACAGAAGAAGCUGUCGCUUCAUCAUCAAGUUUGUUAGACGACAAAGAAAUAAAAUCUUUGAUUGAGAGAACAUCAAGAUCACUUUCUCAAACUUUCUCGAUCUCUUCAACAUCUUCUUCUAUUACGUCUGAUAUGGAACGAAGAUCUUACAUUUCACCUUAUCUUAAAAUAAGAGAAGAUCGAAAGUUGACAGAUGAACAGAAGAGAAGCUUGAUUGAGCAAGUAUCAAAGAAUAAGAAGCGAGAAGAUACGCCGACGGUUGAAGCUAAAGGAUCAUUGUCAGAUAUUUUCACCAUCGAGAGAGGUCAGCUUGUUUACCAAGGAAAUGAAAGUCCAAAACUCCCACCAAAAGAAGAUAACCCUGUCACACCUUCAUCACCGAUAUCACCCCGACCAUGGUUUAAAAGACAAUCAAACUCAAGUGUAAAGGAUGGUGGAUCAUUGCAGUUAAAAUCUCUUGAAAAGAAGAAGGGAAAAAGCAAUGAGAAAGAUCUUCCUGAACUUGGCUAUUCGAGAAACUCUUUCUUUGGUGGUGCAAGUCGAUUUAAUAUUUUCGGUCGAAUUAUUGAAGAUUCAAGGAAAAAAGAACGCGAUUCUGAGAAGCGAAAAUCGCAAAUCGGUAUGCCAAAUAUUAGCGAAUUGGAUCGUGAAGCCGCAGAAAUAAUUCAACAAAGACAUGAUUUGAAUAAAGAGAAAAAUGAAGCGCAUUUUUUGAGAUCUACCACAAGUCACGUUGUCGAAAAUGAAGCAGCAAAUGAUGUUGAUGUACGUCCAAAAUCUACAAAAGAUUUAAUUAGCAAAUUCGAAGCUGAAACUUCGGUUGUUAAUAAAAUAACAUUGAACUCUGCAUUUAUAGCUAGAAAAGAAUUUUUCGGUGAACAUAAAGAUACUUCUCUCAUUUCUAAUAGAAAAGAGGAAGAAGUUGAAGUCAAAUCGAAGACUUCCAUACCUAAAAGUCCACCAACAACUCCAAAGUCAUCCAAACUUCCACUUUUGAUAAAAGAAACAAAUGACGUAAGAAAACAAAAUGAUUUGAUGGGUUUAUGGACGUGUCCUUAUUGUACAUUAAAUAAUCCAAAUUGGAAAAUUAUCUGCGAAGCUUGUGAAAAAAUUAAACCAUAUGACAAAAGAUUUUGUGUAGAAAGUGGUGAACUUAUAAAGAACAGAAAUUUAUCACCAAAAAAUAAUCGCAAAGACAUAAAAAGUGAUCGUGAAGAAAUGGAUAAGAAGCAAGAACUUGUCAUGAAAUAUUUUCAUCCUCCACUAGCGAAUGGCUUGUCAAAGUCAGCAUCUGAAACUGUAAUAGCAAAGGCAUCAAAAAGAAAGUCGCCGUCUCCUAGUAGAAACUCUGGUUCACCUCUGAUGAACGUGAAGAAAAAUCUUUUUAAAUCACCAUCAGAUAAUCGUGAAACCAGCAUUGACGUCAUUGAAGAAGAGACCUCUGUAUUGAAUGAUAAAAAUGAUGACAAUAUUGUUAUCAUGACAGCUACACCAACAAUAACUUCAAUUCCCAAUCAUGAUAAAAAGAAUGAAAUUGAAAGGAAAGUCACACCAAACUUGAAUGAAGUCAGAUCAGCGCGACUUGCAAAGUUCAAUUUAUUUUCAAAUUUUAAGAAAAAUAAUUCUGAUGUGAAUGCAAAUACAAAUCGAAAGCAAAGUCCGGAAAAGAAAUUUCCUGAUAAACUUGAUUUUUCUGAUCCAAUUGCUUUAGAGCAAGAAAAAGAAAGACUUCGUGAAAAGAUAAGGAAGAUGAAUGCGAAAGCUUUGGCUGAAAAGUAUCCGGUAAUGAAGACAAUUCAACUAAAGGAAGAAGAAAAUCAAACCAAAGUGAAUGAAUCUUUACUUUUGCCGCCUUUGCCUUCAUAUACAGAUCAAACUAAACUUGGAGCUAUACGUAAAGUAUUCAAGAAUUCACCUGGAAAUCGACGUGCCAGCAUGGAGAAAGAGAAUAACAUUGAAAUUGUUUUAAAUCGUGCAGAGAUUAUUGUCGAUUCCAAGGAAAAAUCAGAAAGAAUUUCGAGUUCUGUUCAAACAUCUUUAGACUCGAAAAAACCUCGAAGAAAUGAUGAAAUUAUCCCAACAGUAAUUAGUGAUUUAAUAAAGCCACAAGACUCUCCACUUACCAGCCAACAACAAGAAGAAGUUGAAGAAAUUUCAGACCAAUUAAAAUCAAAAGAUGGAAUUGAAAGCUUUCGGGCAAACCUUAGAACGAAAACUAUUAAUCAAACUAAUACUUUAGCAAUUAAUAAAAUUCUAAGAAAUUUAGAGACUGCAAUCGCUGAAGGUAAAUUUGACGAGGCUGCACAAUUAGCAACUGAUCUAGCAAAGAUGAAAGUAUCAUUGUCAGUCACACGACAAAAAGAAAGACCAAGGUCGGAUGUUGACAGUAAUGAGAAAGUCAUUAGAGUGAACGUAAAAGUUGACGAUGAAACCAGGAAUGUUCUUAUGAAAGUGUCAAUGCUAAUGACUGUUGAUGAUCUUUACAAGAAUUUAGAAUCAGAUUUAAAUAUUUCUUUACAUAACCGAGAAGUUUUGAUAAAUGAAAAACAAGAUGGAUCGCUUGAUGUGUGUGUAAUAAGUUCAAGGCUAUUGAAGGACAAUAUCAUUGGAAGAAAUAAAGUUGUAAAUAAUGAUUCUGAUGAUGAGUUACAAAAUGAAAAAGUUGGAGAGAUUGAAGGUGCUAUUGGUGGGAAGUUAAAAGAAUCGCCACAACUUAAAAUAGAAGAAGAUGGCUGGGAAUGUCCACUUUGCACCCUGAUUAACACACCAAAUCGAUCAGCCUGUUUGGCAUGUUCUACAACAAGACCGGCAUCAUACAAAGUCCCAACAAAAUAUCAAGAUAUUGAGUAUAAACUAAAAGUCAAUGAAGAUUUAAGAACUUUCUUUGAGAUGGAAAAAAUUGAAGUUCGUCCACAAACUCAGAAAAAUGAUCUCAAUAGAAUCAGCGCUAACAGAAAAUCUUCAGAUAUUUUUAAUAUUUUUGAAGAAGAAAGGAAUAACAAAGCAGAGAAUUUCAUACAACUGCAAACAGUCGCAGCUUUGAAUCCAAAUAUCACCAAAAAUAAAUAUCGCGGCGUUGACAACUUCAAACCUAAUAAAUCUUACAUUUUUUCAAAUCUCCCCGAUGUAAGAAAGCCUGUGAUCACCAGUGUCAUUUAUAAGUCUAGUCAAGAGAAUACCAAAGAAACAAUCAAAUUAAAUCCAAAUCAUUACCAACAGUUGGUCAACAUGGAUCUUUCUGACAUUGCCCCUAAUUUAGAAACUUUCGAAUGUACAAUUUGCUUCAUCGAAAUUGAAGCAUAUGCUGGAGCUGUUCUUCGUGAAUGUCUUCACUCUUUCUGUAAACAAUGUUUAGAGAGUCACAUAAAGUAUUCUGAAGAUGCUGAAAUUAAAUGUCCUUUUAGAGACAAUCAAUACAGUUGUCAAAGUUCACUUCAAGAACGUGAAAUUCGUGCUUUAGUUUCUAAGGAAGAAUACGAAAAACAUCUGACAAGAUCCAUUCGUCAAGCUGAACAUAAAAUUGAGAAUACAUUUCAUUGCAAAACACCAAAUUGCCGAGGUUGGUGCAUUUUUGAAGACACCUCAAAUAUAUUUCGAUGUCCAGUAUGUACGAUUGUUAACUGCCUGACUUGUGGGGCGAUCCAUGAUGGCAUAAAUUGCAAGCAAUACCAGGAUAUGUUAAAUAAUGACACUGACAGUGAAUCAGCAAAACAAACAAAAGAAAUGUUGCAAGACUUAAUUGAUAAAGAAGAAGCUUUAAAUUGUCCAACAUGUCAUAUAUUUUUACUUAAAAAAUGGGGUUGUGAUUGGUUGAAAUGUUCUUUUUGUAAAACGGAGAUUUGUUGGGUAACAAGAGGUCCCAGAUGGGGUCCUAAUGGAAAAGGUGAUACCAGUGGAGGUUGUAAAUGUGGAGUCUUCGGAAAGAAAUGCUCGCCGAAAUGCAAUUAUUGCCAUUAAUUUUCUUUGUUUUCAUGUAAUUUUUCAACGAAAAGUUAAGAACUAAUAUAAAAAGUUUUAUGAAAUGAAUGAAAUUACAUAUCGUUGUCUG